UCUGUGCCUUUUAAUGUGCUACCAUACUUUAGCUUAGGAUUGAAAAACUUCAACUUCGUAUGUAUUUUUUUUAGGUACACCAGAAUGCCUGCUCUUGGACAUCUCUUCAAACGAAUUCAGGGUAUCCCCAGGGGGAUAUGAUACAGACUCAAUAACUCAACAGACCUGUGCAGGACUAUGUGCAGAGUCAGACUUUGCUUUUGCAGGAUUGCAGGAAGGAAUGUACUGUCUUUGUAGUAAUGAUAUAUCAUUGUCCACACCAGUAACACUGGCGGACUGUUCAACACCAUGUACAGGUGACCUCAACGUUUUCUGUGGUGGUCCAGAACUAAAUCACGUGCUGGCCGUGGUAGCUGGAAACACUGAAAACCUUUAUGAAGCACUUCUUACAAUUACACCUGUUAAUAUCUCAGCUGGAGACUCUGUAAGUGGAUCAGUUUCUGUGAAUGCCUCAUCAGGACUAGCGAUUGACGUUUAUGUGGACUUCGGAGACGGCACUUUUACAACAGGAAAUGAAACCUCUUUAACGUUUACCAAGCAUUAUGCCAUACCAGGGACAUACGUUAUUAGAGCCUCUGCCAGCACUCCCUCAGACCUGCUGUUUCCUGUUUCUGAUGCAAAGAUAGUAAAUGUAGUCGACAGUGGUCUUGCUGGAGUCAUUGAAUGUCCUGAAGUCGCCCAGCCUGGGGAAGAGUUUGUCUGUAGUGCUCUUGUAUACCAAGGAAGUGAUCUACUGAUGGAGAUGGACAUUGAAGAUGAUCCAGCAUCUCCACAGCUUUUUACAAUAGCUGAUCCUGUGGUAUCAGGUCACGGUAAUACUGUACCAGACAUUAUUAUGCCUCAGAUGGUUACAACCCCUCUCUCUGAACCCGAAGUUAUGAUGACAUACAUAGAGAUGCCACCUGGGAAACUGCAUGCAUUUGAAUACUUUUCCACUGGAGCUGGAUCUCUUGACCUCUUGGUUUUCCGUCCAAACUGUGGUGAUGACGUGUACUGUCCUCAGACUAAAAGUUGUGCUGCUACCUGUAAAGAGCCAGGAAUUGUGGUCUGUCAAACUACCGAGGCAUUGUGUCCAUUUAGUGGAGGUUGUGCCAACACGGCCACACCCCCUUUAUGUUCUCUAUCGCCUUCAGGACUGACGUACGAUCGACUGUACACAAUCCCCGUUUCUCCUGCUUCCGAGGGCUACAACUAUCAUCUCUUGGCCGAUAGUACAUACGAGGUAAAGCCAGGGGAUGUCUUUGGUUUUGCCAGUGGAACUUCUAGUAUUGCAUAUAGGAGUGCUUCUGCAUCAGAGAUGACCCAGGGCAUAGUGGAUUCCAGCCCCAGUGCACCUCUCAAUGUGCGACAUUUUUUGCGGGGUGUGGUUGCAGAACCUGUGAACAUUAGUAUAUCACAUAUAUUUUCAGAGGUUGGAAACAAGUCUGUUUCAAUGACUCUUUCAAACAGCUCGGGAGAACAGAGUGUUGUUGUUGUUGAGUAUGUUCCCAUACAAAUUCCUAUUACAAACCUAACCCUCACCAGUGAUCCACUGUUUAUUCCUAUUGGUACAAGUGCUUUACUUCACGUUCUGAUGGCCAAUGGAAGUAGUGUCACCCUUGUAUGGGAUUUUGGUGAUGGCACUGUGAUUGAAGAAUUCAUUGACGGUAUUGUUAAUGCAUCAGGACAUAACCAGUCCUACACGUUUUCUCUAGAACAGACUUAUCUAGUCACAGUAAAUGCAUCAAAUCUUCAUGGAACAUUAAAUGCGACACUAGAAGUGCCAUGUCAGUAUCCAGUUUCAUUGAACUGGGAGUUAUCAAGUGAUUCCCCACAACUCUAUCCCCCAGGAUUGAUUAAUGCAUCACUUACUUAUAUCACAAGCGACAACUUGCCAACAGAGCCAGAGGGUGUGGUAGAUUUCGGUGACGGUACUAAGCAGCAGCUGUCUCUGUUAACAACAGGCGUAGGCCCGUGGUCGUUAUCUCUUCCUCAUACCUACAGGGCCGGAGGCUUUUAUAAUCUAACGGUUAACAUGAGCAACCUGGUCAGUCAGGAAAUCUUCUUUGUUGAGUUGACUGUCUAUGAAUUUAUCUCCAAUCUUAUGGCUAAUGUUACAUAUUUGGAUAUUGCUACUGAUCCUGUUAAUCACCAGCUCUUAAAGGGAGUAAAUAUGACAGAUGCUGUCCAAGGAUCAACGCUGUAUUUCGACAUGUCAUGUACAGGUACUGUGUCCUAUUACACAAUGGAGCUUGAUAAUGGGACUGUUCUUCUCAAUAGUUCUACUGGUCCACUUGCUUACAAUUUUACUGAGUCUGGUGUCUAUAACAUUAGUAUAUAUGCCUGGAACCCACUUCAAGGGUCCAGUGAACCUUUUACUCAACUAAUACGUGUCAUGACUCCUGUUUCUGGACUUCAACUGGUAGAUAGUGGAGUUAUUCCGUCACCAUCAGAACCUAAGACUAUAGAUGUUAUGUUAGAUCAAACUGAUGACUUUACUUGUAUUGUAUUCUCAUCCAACGAUGGAGAAAUACCACUUGCUUUUGGAAACAUGGAUAUGUGUUUAUCAAGAUAUUCCGAAGAUGAAAUUAUUUGGCAGAGUGAUGUGGAAAUUCCUUUAAGGUUUGUUCAUGCAUCUGAAAAUGGUGGUUUCUUCACAGUUGAUGUAGAAGUUUUCAACUCAGUAUCUUAUGAAAAGCAAAGUCUCGAUAUUCAAGUUGCACAGAUGCCGUGCGAUCCACCAGUAAUGUGGAUUGAGGAUAACAGUACAAUAUUUACAGCACCAGUUGAGAAAAUGCGAGGAAAGAACUUUCGACUAGUGGGCAACGUUAAACUUGUCUGUAACCUAACUAUGCAAGCUGAAAGAGAGUGGAAAGCUCAAGAAAUUGAUAGUUCGGGAAAUCCUCUUGGUCACGUGAUCGACCUUUCUGACCUGUUAUCGUGGAACAUUUCAUCUCUGCUUGUCCCACCUCGACGCUUCAAGUUGGGCUUAUAUAAAUUUAUGCUUCGUGUAAGGAUGAUUGGAGAGGAGUUAGGCUAUACGCCUUAUCCAGUUGAAAGCAUGGCCUAUACCUAUGUAAAAAUCAUUGCAACUCCAUUGAUGCCAAUAAUGGUUCAAGGGUCAGCCUCGGAGAUGGUUCGUGGACUUGGACAGAUUGUAACACUUCAACCAGGUGUGCUCACCAUUGACCCUGAUGUCAACGAAAAUGUGGUGAAGAACUACAGCAUCACAUGGUUCUGUCGAAGGCUGGGGGAGAGUUUUCCUAAGGAUGUCAGUGGAAACCUAGACGAAUCCAUGUCGUCAGACCCCAUCUUAGACCAUUCUUCUCUGACUGCUGCAGAUGAUCAAGGAGGAUGUUUUGGAAAAGGACCAGGGAAAGUUAAUUUGGGUGGAGGAGAUAUUGCUCUCAACACUUCUAUGUUGUGGGGUUCUAAUAUCACGUACGAGUUCCUUGUGCUCAUCGAAACUCCGUCCAAGUACUCCAAUGUUUCAAUUCAGGUAGAAGUAAUUGAAGGCCUACCCCCGAUGGUUUCAUUAAGGUGUGAGCAAAAAGAUAUGUGUUUCCCAUACUCAAAGGGUAUGUUGUUCAAUCCAAGUACAUGGAUUGUUCUGCAUGCGGAUUGCUAUGAAGAUUGUGGUAAUAAUCCAGAUGAUGUAAGAUAUGAGUGGUUGGCAUUUACCGAAGAUUUGGUUAACAAUUCACUGAUUGACAUCACUUCAGAAACGAAGAACCACACUAUCAGUGAUCAUAAACGUUUUGCUAUUAAUCAGACACUGUAUGAGGCUUUUCCCACAGUACAAGUGUUUAGGUUCAGUGUAAAAGUAUAUGUUCCUGGAAAUCCAGCUGGAAGUACUUCCAUUACGUUAAUAAGAAACAAACCCCCAAUCACCGGUGACUGUGUGUUGGUACCGGAAGAGGGAAGGGCUCUUGUGGAUGACUUCACUCUGAACUGUACCAACUGGAUCGACCCAGAGGGAGAAGAAAUAAGUGACUACGCAGUAUACUUGUACAAGGAUGGAAAAUACGGAUCUUUGGUCUCCUUUGGUAAAAAUACGCUGGUACCUCUUGUACUGCCCUAUGGUUCGAUUGAAAUACGAGUUGAAGUUAGUGAUGUGUUAGGUGCCGUAACCCGACUUAGUGUUAUCAACAUUACUACUGAGUUACCUACUGAAGAAGAAUAUCAAGCUUGGAAUGAAACUUUUGCGUUUGAUCUCAACCUGAAUGCAGGGAUGACACUGCUGUCUGGUCAGAUUAAAUCUUCAGAAGCUUCUGUAGUAUCACAGUUCACCAAAAAGAAAAUUAAUGACACCCUGGGAUAUCCUUCAGUAGCUGAUGUUGCUGGGGAUGAUGGGAGUAUUGAUCCAGCUGUGGUUGAUCAUCUGUUCAAAACAGAAUACGAUAAACCAGGAAUUGACUCUAGUUAUCUUACGGAUCAAGCACAGGAAGAGCUGGAAGCCAUAGCAAUGGAGAAUAUAGAAAGCCUCAUUGAUGAUAUCGCAAAG